UGUCUGUCUGUGUGAGGGAGACUACUUUUUCUCGCUUUGACUUGGGCAUGUCUGUAUAGCUGCUCCUACUCUGUUCUUACUACUCUGUUCUACUACUAUUGCUACUGCUGCUACUCGCAAGUUCUCUCUUCAACUUUUUUGGGUUUGUCGCACGGGAAAGCGUGAGAGAAAUGGACAGCAGGCGACUCCACACGUAGAAGGACUACUCACAAGAGGCGAUAUCUACAGCUGGUACAGGCUAGCAGAGACAUGGAAGAUACUCUGAACAAGGCCAAGGCCAUCGCAGUCGACACCAUCAACGCCGUGGCCAAGAAAGUCACAGGCACAGAACCACUGGCACCUUCGGCAGAGUCAGCACCGACCACUGCCUCCCCUACCAAGCCCAAUCCAGCACACAGCAUUGGUCCAUUGAGCCCAGCUGAGGAGAAGAAGCUGGAUGAUCUGAUUGCUCACAGGCCCAGUGCCAAGGAGCUGCAGGAGAAGAAUAUCCUCAAGGACACACACGUGGCGCCUGCAUUGCAACAGAAGCAAGAGGAGCUCAAGAAGCGACAGAUUGAGGAUGCCUUGGCAGACAAGAUUGCUCAUCGUCCUGAGGAGAAGGAACUCAAAGCACACGGCAUUCUCAAGGAAGGCAAUGUUGCACCAUCGCUACAAGCUGCACAGGACAAGCUCAAGACGGCACAACUCAAAGACACCCUCGACUCCAAGAUUGCUCAUCGCCCAUCGCCUGAUGAGUUGACCUCUAAAAAUAUCCUGCCAGGUCAAGGCGGUGGCACGCACGAUUUACACCAAAAUGUUGCUCAUGCGUUGGAGGAGAAACUCGAACACAGGCCAGAACCAGAGACACUCAUCAAGGAAGGCAUCUUGGACAAGAAUGAGAAUCCAACUUCUGCUUGAAGCAAUCCCCAUAGUUACCAAUAGUUUAUGUUUAUGAUGUUGAUGCUUUACGA